CAAUCAUCAACUAUUGCCAUCGUUAUUCAGUACUUAUCGUUGCAUCUCUCUUUCCCUACAAUGUCGUCCUCAAUUCCUGUGACGGCUCGCUCACCUCUCCCGUGAUUCCAUUGCUCAAUCUUGGGUCUGCGAUAUUGAUUCGGUCAUGGCUUCCCCAAUCCAGCAGUGCAGACCAUUGGCUUCAAACAAAUUGAUCAGGUUAUCCGAAAGAUAAACAUUCCGUACAAAAUGUACUCCGUCUGUCACUCUCAAUCUCCUCACGUUCUUGCGUCUCUUCAUCAUGCGUUUCCGCUCCCGCCUCAGCUUCAUCUCCCGCUUGUUCAAACGGAAAACCAGGCACAAAAUUAGGGACCACGACAUAGAACAGAUCUCUUUUCCCUCCAUCAACAACGAUGAACUUCCUCUCAUCCCGCGCAACGACGAAAUUAAUCUCAUAUAUGACACCCACAUAGACUGCCAUAUAUGCGGGGAAUCACUGCCAUUCGACAACUUCCCAGCCGAAAACGACCUCCCCCACAAAUGUACAGCCUGUGUCUCAGCAAUCGGAUUCAUGCCCAUCUGCCGUCCCUGCAUCGCGCGCGUCUUCGAGUACAGCUUCAACAACUCCAAGCUGCCCUACAGCGCCAAAUGCCCCAACCCAGAGUGCGGCGCAGAAUGGCCCUACCAAGUCGUCCAGAGCUUCCUCCCCGCCGAGUCCUUCGCCCGGUAUGACGAGCUCCUGCUGCGAAGCUGCCUCUCUACCUUAGACGAGGUCCACUGGUGUCCGUCUGAAGGCUGCAAUUCCGCCCAGUACCAUGUCCCGGACUGCAGAGACAAGAACCUCAUGAAAUGCCAUGCUUGCGGGAUAGAGUCUUGCUGCGAACACAAGAUUCCUUACCAUCAUGGCAAGACCUGCAAGCAGUACAAUGACGACCUGGACCAGGAGCGCGCUGAGCACGACACGCGCGCAACGCUGCACUCGCUUGCUAGGUUGAGCGCGCGCAGGUGCCCUGCGUGCCGCACGAUUAUCGAGAAGAAUGGUGGUUGUUGCUUCAUGAAGUGCUCGUUCUGUCGCUACGACUUCGACUGGAAUUGUGCGAGGCGCGUCGAAGUGCCGAGGGAGGGUGUGCCGGCCGAGUUGGUGCAGCCCCUGAUGAGUCCGCCUUAUAAUAUUGGGCGAAGGUUUCGUAGGGCUUGGAGGCGCGCGGACAAGGCGAGGAGAGCGGUAUAGUGAUGCUGUGUGCUUGCUUUGGUAUUUGACUGGAUUGUGUCUGCUUGUGGCGAUUAUACCUAUACCUCUUUCCCAUCACAUCACCAAGAAUAAAGAGGCCUGCUUACGUCGAAAUGGUAGCUUGCUGAACGCUGUCCAAUGUUCUCGUUGGAUAGUGUAAGGAAGUUCACGUAGAGACAAGCAGUCUUUGAAAGGCCCCGAUAAUCUACCCAC